GGCAGCAAAAAGGAGGAAAGAAUUUAACUGCGCAAAAGUCCUGCGUGGUGACGGAUGUCCAAAGUACAGAACUUUUCCGCACGCUCUGAGAUGGGGACGGCUUAAAAACACGAACAGCUUCUUUUUUCCUUACAUUUUGUAUUAUUAAAAAGGGAGCUGUGACUUGUUUUGGUCGCAAAGGAAGCCAACUUUUGCCAUGCAGGCGCGCUACUCCGUCUCCAGCCCGAACUCUCUGGGCGUCGUUCCGUACAUCAGCGGCGACCCGGGCUACUACCGAGCCGCGGCCGGCGGGGGAUACACGGGUAUGGCUGCGCCGAUGAACAUGUACACCCACGCCGCGCACGACCAGUACCCCGCCGGUAUGGCGCGCGCCUACGGACCGUACACCCCGCAGCCUCAACCCAAGGAUAUGGUGAAGCCUCCGUAUAGCUACAUCGCGCUCAUCACCAUGGCCAUCCAGAACUCACCCGACAAAAAGGUGACCCUGAAUGGGAUUUAUCAGUUCAUCAUGGAGCGGUUCCCUUUCUACCGGGACAACAAGCAGGGCUGGCAGAACAGCAUCCGCCACAACUUGUCUCUCAACGAGUGCUUCGUCAAAGUGCCGCGCGACGACAAGAAGCCCGGCAAGGGCAGCUACUGGACCUUGGACCCAGACUCGUACAACAUGUUCGAGAACGGCAGCUUCUUGCGCAGGCGACGGCGCUUCAAGAAGAAGGACGUGCUCAAGGAGAAGGAGGACCGGCUUCAGAAGGACGCGCCGCCUCGCCAGCCGCAGCAACAGCAGCAGUCUCGGGACCAGGAGCAGUCCGGCACGCAGCCCGUCCGGAUCCAGGAUAUUAAGACGGAAAACGGAACGACGACACCCCCGCAGGCCAACUCGCCCACUUUGAGCGCGGUUCCCAAAAUCGAGAGCCCCGAUAGCAGCAGCAUGUCCAGCGGGAGCCCGCACAGCAGCAUCCCGUCCAACCGCUCCAUCGGGCAUGGAGGCCGCGGAGCACCACCACCACCACCACCAUCAGCACAGCAGCAACACCAGGCGCAGGGCUUCAGCGUGGACAAUAUCAUGACUUCCCUUAGGGGGUCUCCGCAAGGGUCUAGCGAACUGCCCCCCACGAGGACAGGUAUCGCCCCGUCGUUGUCGCUCAGCUACUCCCCGAGUCAGACCUCCGCAUACAGCUCCCCGUGUAACCAGAACUCCAUCUCCACUACCUCCAACGCCACCUACCAUUGCAACAUGCAGGCCAUGAGCUUGUACGCUGGGGAGCGGGCGAGCCACCUGGCUGCCCCCAGCACCACCGUGCCGGACGAGAGCCUACCAGACUACUCUGUCACAACCACCUCGUCGUCGCUGCACGGCGGCGGCCUCAACUCGGGCCAGGAGGGCCACCCGCACGCUCACCAGGGCCGGCUGACCUCGUGGUACCUCAACCAGGCCGGGGACCUGGGCCACCUGGGUGCUGCGUACCCGACGGCGCAGCAGCAGAACUUUCACUCGGUGCGAGAGAUGUUCGAAUCCCAGAGAAUCGGUUUGAAUAACUCGCCGGUGAACGGGAAUAACAGCUGCCAGAUGUCCUUCCCGCCGAGCCAGUCUAUCUAUCGCACUUCGGGAGCUUUUGUGUAUGACUGCAGCAAGUUCUGAUCCCAAAGCGACCUCCAGUCGACUCCCGUCUGAUUCGCCUCCCUCAUUCAAAUAGACUAAUAUGAGACAGAACAAUCAAAAAGACUUGAUCUUUCUAAACAGUGUUACCACAAAUAACACGUAAGUCUCUCUCUCUCUCUAUCUCUCUCUCUCUCUUUUUUUUUUUUUUUUUUUUGCUUUGUAUGUUAAAAUGUCAUUUCUUUUUUUCAUGGACGUUUAACUUGCAUAUAGUAAUUUAUUUCCAAAUUGUAGCCAGGAUAUUAUGGACCAAACACACACGCACACACGCAACCACACAUAACACAAAACAGUGUUUCCUAAACUGAUUUACAAAAAAGUGUUCCAUUAUAAAAGUGACUGAAGGAACGUGUAUAUCGCCGUAUACUAUUUGAAAGAUUCUUCACAUGUUGAUAAGUAUUUUUAUUUUAUUUUUUUUGGAAGGAUUUUACUUGUUUGUUUAAUAAAUGGUCAUUUUAUGUGAGCUUAAGACGUUUGGGUUUCUUGCAGGGUUUCUUACAGGCUGGUGGUACUUUACACUACAGCCAAAAUUCUGUAACUAAUAUAACAUUAUUUCAUAUCAUAAAAAAAAUGGUCACACGUCAUAUAGAGCAAAAACUCAAGUUACGUCUUCAAAAUGAUAGAAUAACUGCACUUGAACUUUCCUAAA